CUUUUCUUACGCCAAGAUCUAUAGACUUUCGUAUUAUCAGUUUAGAGAAAUAUGUUUGCGUCUUUGAACGCCUGCUGUAUUCUCGCGCUUUUUGUUGUCGUCUGUUAUGCAGCCGACCAAACCCGUCAGCCCGGUGCUAUUGGAUCAGGAGUAGUGGAUGCGGUUGUUAAUCUUGUAAGGGAGUCUUGCUUAUUUGCUGACGAUAAACGAUUCCUUGUCAGGCUAGCAUAUGUUCAGUCACAUAACGGAUAUGACGCGAAGACAUUUCGGGAUGGAUACCAUGGAGGAAUUUGGCAGGUGGAUAAGAACAUGUUUGACGAAACCCACAGUAAUGCAGGGCGACUAACAAAUGAAUACAACAUAAUAAGUAACCAAUUCGGGAUAGAUUGGAGUAGAGUCACAUGGUCUGACCUGAGGAAGCCAUUGUAUUCUGGAAUAUCAGCUGCUCUAUACACAAUACUUCAUGGAGGCACUGAAUGGCGAGUAGAAGAUCAAGCUCAUUUUUACGAACUUCACUUCGUAAAUAAAGCUGGAAACAAUUUCACAAAUGAAGCAGGCAUUCUGGAUUUAGGAUGUCCCGGAAAGGAAAAACUGGAUUUGGCUUUUAUUAUUGAUCGAUCGAACAGUUUAUCAACCGAUGAUUUCGCACGAGCCAAAAACUUUGUCAGAAACGUUGUUGAUUCGUUUGACAUAACACCAAACAAGACCCGGGUAGCUGUGGUAUCUUAUGCCAGCCAUGCUAAAUCCGAGUUUUAUCUCAAUAGAUAUACUAAUGUAGUAGACUUGAAGAACGCCAUAUCAGCAAUACCAUUCAUUGGUGGUUCAACUGCUACCAGUGAAGCGAUAGAUCUGGCUACAACUAACAUUUUUACACCAAGUCACGGCAGCCGAAACAAUGCAGUUAAAGUAAUGGUUGUCAUUACGGACGGCGAUGCAAAUGACGAAAUAGACACGAGGCAUGCUGCUGAAAGAGCACACCGAGCAGGUAUAACCGUAUUCUCAAUAGGUGUUGGUAACAAUAUACAGAAACAAACACUGAAUACUAUUGCAUCGAACCCUUCCUGUACUCAUGUGUUUAGUGUCACCAGCUACUCCGAGAUAAAGGCCAUUAAAGAAGAAAUUCAAAAGAGUACUUGUGGAGCACCAAUUUAUAUACACGAGCCUUUCUGUUGCACACUUGGUGAAUGUCCUACACUAGCUUACAAUACAAAAAUUGGAGGAGUAACACUAGAGUCCAACGUUACAUGUGGACUAGGCAAUAUAUAUACUGCCUUCAGCAACCCUUAUCCAAGCCAGUCGUUUUACGAACAAACCACUACAGUUUCCUCUGGAACUCCAGGUGUGAUGUUUGUAAAUAGCUCUUCUGACCGUACUCUGUACAUUAACAUGGUAGACGCUCUCAAAAGUUCUGGCGGAAGUGGAAAUUGUGAAAUUUGUAUUAAUCCAAAAGAUGGAGACCAAAGAAAUCAUAAUAUCAAAUGCUACCAGAAUGCAGUAGAAGUUCCCUGUCCAGAUAAUUGUGAAGAAAAGUGGAACCUUUUCCCAAACGUUUGUACCGUAGAGAACUUAAAAAAUGGGCAUACAAAAUUUGAGCAUCCAUUUUCAAAGCUCAAAUAUUUAAUGUGCGACCAAAAACUGCAAAAGUAUGUUGUUCAUUGUCCACAAAACCAGUCUUAUUACCAAGAAUGCGAACAGUGCGUUGGAGAAGGAUCUAGUUGUCCAAAUUUAACAGUACCACUGACUGGUUUAGUAAAUCCUUGUUCUUUGGAGAACAUAUUGAACGGUCAUUUUUUCUUUACAUACCCGACUGAUGUUACAAAGUUUAUUCAUUGUGAUGUCUGGGGAAAGGCCUGGAUUAUGAGCUGUCCCCAUGAUGAAGAAUGGGAUCAGCACGAGUUAACAUGUAUCGUCCCGCCAGGCUAUACAAAUCCUUGUAGAACAUACAAAGUAGGCGAUCCUCUUUUUUACCCUUAUGAAUGCGAUUCACACAAGUACAUUCAAUGUGAUCUAUGGCACCAAUCAUUCCUAAUGACAUGUCAGUUAAAUUUCGUCUUUAGUCCACUUGUAAGAAACUGUGUUCCAAGGAAUUCAUAUACACCGCCUACGCAUGAUCCAAUGAUGGUGUGCCCAGACAUACAUGCUCAUCCAACUACCCAAAAGCCGAUUGCUAUCAUACCUGGUAAUGGAGGUGCAACUGGAACUACAUACACAACUUAUACCUUUUGUGCACAUUGCCAAGCGAUGGUAACACCAUGUACAUCAUACCACCUCAUUGCAGGAGAGUUCCUGUUUCCGGUAACAGGCAAUCGCCAUCAGUACAUUCAGUGUGAUUUGUCUGGAUACCAAUACUUGAAAUCAUGUCCAGCUAAUAGUUACUACUUUGAUGGGGCUACUAACACUUGUGUCGAUGGCCCAUUUCAGGUUGACAAUUCUUUUGUUGAUAAGAACAUGUUUGACGAAACCCACAGUAAUGCAGGACGACUUACAAAUGAAUACAACAUAAUAAGAAACCAAUUUGGGAUAGACUGGAGUAGAGUCACAUGGUCUGAUCUGCGGAAGCCAUUGCAUUCUGGAAUAUCAGCUGCUCUUUAUACAAUACUUCAUGGCGGAACUGAAUGGCGAAUAGAAGAUCAAGCUCAUUUUUACGAACUUCACUUUGUAAAUAAAGCUGGGAACAAUUUCACAAACGAAGCAAGCAUUCUCGAUCAAGGAUGUCGUGUAAUAGAAAAAUUUGAUAUGGCUUUUAUCAUUGAUCGUUCUAACAGUUUAUCAACCGAUGACUUCGUACGCGCCAAAAACUUUGUCAGAAACGUUGUUGAUUCCUUUGACAUAACACCAAUCAAGACCCGGGUAGCUGUGGUAUCGUAUGCAAGCCAUGCUAAAUCUGAGUUUUAUCUUGAUAGAUACACUAAUAAAGUAGACUUGAAGAACGCCAUAUCAGCUAUACCGUUCGUUGGUGGUUCUACUGCUAUCAGUGAAGCCAUAGACCUGACCACAACUAACAUUUUUACACCAAGUCACGGCAGCCGAAAUAACGCAGUUAAAGUAAUGGUUGUCAUUACGGACGGCGAUGCAAAUGACGAAAUAGACACGAGGCAUGCUGCUGAAAGAGCACACCGAGCAGGUAUAACCGUAUUCUCAAUAGGUGUUGGUAACAAUAUACAGAAACAAACACUGAAUACUAUUGCAUCGAACCCUUCCUGUACUCAUGUGUUUAGUGUCACCAGCUACUCCGAGAUAAAGGCCAUUAAAGAAGAAAUUCAAAAGAGUACUUGUGGAGCACCAAUUUAUAUACACGAGCCUUUCUGUUGCACACUUGGUGAAUGUCCUACACUAGCUUACAAUACAAAAAUUGGAGGAGUAACACUAGAGUCCAAUGUUACAUGUGGACUAGGCAAUAUAUAUACUGCCUUUAGCAACCCUUAUCCAAGCCAGUCGUUUUACGAACAAACCACUACAGUUUCCUCUGGAACUCCAGGUGUGAUGUUUGUAAAUAGCUCUACUGACCGUACUCUGUACAUUAACAUGGUAGACGCUCUCAAAAGUUCUGGCGGAAGUGGAAAUUGUGAAAUUUGUAUUAACCCAAAAGAUGGUGACCAAAGAAAUCAUAAUAUCAAAUGCUACCAGAAUGCAGUAGAAGUUCCCUGUCCAGAUAAUUGUGAAGAAAAGUGGAACCUUUUCCCAAACGUUUGUACCGUAGAGAACUUAAAAAAUGGGCAUACAAAAUUUGAGCAUCCAUUUUCAAAGCUCAAAUAUUUAAUGUGCGACCAAAAACUGCAAAAGUAUGUUGUUCAUUGUCCACAAAACCAGUCUUAUUACCAAGAGUGCGAACAGUGUGUUGGAGAAGGAUCUAGUUGUCCAAAUUUAACAGUACCACUGACUGGUUUAGUAAAUCCUUGUUCUUUGGAGAACAUAUUGAAUGGUCAUUUUUUCUUUACAUACCCGACCGAUGUUACAAAGUUUAUUCAUUGUGAUGUCUGGGGAAAGGCCUGGAUUAUGAGCUGUCCCCAUGAUGAAGAAUGGGAUCAGCACGAGUUAACAUGUAUCGUACCGCCAGGCUAUACAAAUCCUUGUAGAACAUAUAAAGUAGGCGAUCCUCUUUUUUACCCUUAUGAAUGCGAUUCGCACAAGUACAUUCAAUGUGAUCUUUGGCACCAAUCAUUCCUAAUGACAUGUCAGUUAAAUUUUGUCUUUAGUCCACUUGCAAGAAACUGUGUUCCAAGGAAUUCAUAUACACCGCCUACGCAUGAUCCAAUGAUGGUGUGCCCAGACAUACAUGCUCAUCCAACUACCCAAAAGCCGAUUGCUAUCAUACCUGGUAAUGGAGGUGCAACUGGAACUACAUACACAACUUAUACCUUUUGUGCACAUUGUCAAGCGAUGGUAACACCAUGUACAUCAUACCACCUCAUUGCAGGAGAGUUCCUGUUUCCGGUAACAGGCAAUCGCCAUCAGUACAUUCAGUGUGAUUUGUCUGGAUACCAAUACUUGAAAUCAUGUCCAGCUAAUAGUUACUACUUUGAUGGGGCUACUAACACUUGUGUCGAUGGCCCAUUUCAGGUUGACAAUUCUUUUAUUGAUAAGAACAUGUUUUACGAAACCCUCAGUAAUGCAGGACGACUUACAGCUGAAUACAACAUUAUAAGAAACCAAUUUGGAAUAGAUUGGAGUAGAGUCACAUGGUCUGAUCUGCGGAAGCCAUUGUAUUCUGGAAUAUCAGCGACUCUUUAUACAAUACUUCAUGGCGGAAGUGAAUGGCGAAUAGAAGAUCAAGCUAAUUUUUAUGAACUUCACUUCGUAAAUAAAGCUGGGGGAAAUUUCACAAAUGAAGCACAAAUUCUCGAUCAAGGAUGCCCUGGAAAUGAAAAACUGGAUUUGGCUUUUAUUAUUGAUCGUUCUAACAGUCUUUCAACCGAUGACUUUGCACGUGCGAAAAUCUUUGUAAGAAAUGUUGUUAGUUCUUUUGACAUAUCACCACAUAAGACCAGGGUAGCUGUGGUAUCUUAUGCAAUCCAUGCUAAAUCUGAGUUUUAUCUCAAUAGAUAUACUAAUAAAGUUGACUUGAAUAACGCAAUAUCAACAAUUCCGUUUAUUGGAGGUUCAACCGCUAUCAGUGAAGCCAUAGACCUGACCACAAGUGUUAUUUUUACACCAGGUCACGGCAGCCGAAAUAAUACACCACAUGUAAUGGUUGUCAUAACGGAAGGUGAUACAAAUGAUGAAAUAGCUACGAGGUAUAUUUUAAUUUUUGCCAUGGAACACAAUAUCUUAAAGCAAGCAGCCGAAAGAGCUCAUCGUGCAGGAAUAACUGUAUAUUCAAUAGGCGUUGGUGGCAAUAUAAAAACAGAUACCUUGAACAACAUAGCAUCAAAACCCGACUGUACUCAUGUUUUUAGCGUAUCUAGCUACUCUGAUAUAAAAGCCAUUAGAGGAAACUUCCAGAAGAGUGUUUGUGGAGGAGUUCCAUCGUAUUUAGAAGAUUUAUUUUGCUGCAAUCUUGGUGAAUGUCCUACAUUAACUUAUCCUGCAAAAAUAGGAGGAGUAACAUUAGAGAUACAAAAUGCUAUCAGAAUGGAGUAA